UCCGCUGGUCAAUUCACUAUCAAAGAUUCUGUUAUCCACAUGGAUCUUAGUUCCCUACACAUCUACUGCAUGAAAGGAGGAGUUUGCGAGGGUUCACCAAACUGAGCACCUCCAUUAAUCUGAACUGGGAUGUGUUGUGAAAGACCCUGUCAUAUCAAAUGUUCAAAUAUCUCUUACCUCUCCUUCCCAGGAGCUGAAAUGUCGGCCGAUAGAGAGGUCCUUCUCCAUGGAGAAGUUGCUGUACCAGAUCGCAAUGUCAGAAUCCAAACGGGAGAAUGGUGUCAUUCUGAGUACCAUGACCUCACUUCUCAAAGACCUCAGGGAUACAGAGUUGAGACAACGCAGGGAUCUGUUUGACGCCGGGCUGCGGUCUGUUGCCCGCUACUGUAGCCAUGACAACCAGGCCUCGUCAGAGAGCAGGAGGAUCCAGCGCCAGUGGCUGAGGCUCGACCCCUCAGACCGACGCUGCCAAGUGUGCCAACACCUCUGCUACCUCUCCAUGGUGAGUCUUUACUGGGCAGGGAAGGUUGGGCACAAACAUAGGCAGGGAUUCAAUCAAAGGCAUGUUGUCGACAAGAGCACUAUGUUCAGGAGGGAAAAUUUUUUAUUCUGUGGCAUGCUCCUCAUGUCACUGCAGAUGGUUCAGGAGGGAAAUGUGUUUAUUCUGUGUCCUGAUGGCAUGCUCCUCAUGUCACUGCAGAUGGUUCAGGAGGGAAAUGUGUUUAUUCUGUCCUGA